GACAGGCGGCCCCGCUUGAGACAGCGAAAUGUCGAGAGCCGCCCCUGCGCCAAGCACACCUCCGGCCUCGCAGGACUCCAGGAGCAGGCGCCUGCUGGUCUCUGCCUGAGGCUUUGCCCAGCGGAGUUUGCAGGGCGCAUGGAGGGGCGGCUCUACGCGAAAUGCCCGGCCGGGGGAGGAGCCGGCGGGCUGCGGAGAGCGGGGCUGGGCGCGCCGGCCCGGCUGCUUUCGCUUUCGGCUCGCAGGAAAUGGCUGAGAGCGGCGACGGGGCGCGCUGCACCCCGGCGGGGGGACGGGAGGGCGCAGCGGAGUCUCCCGGCGGCGGGGCGAGCUCCGAGCCUGGGCAGCGCGCAGGGGCCAAGCUUGGGAGGGGCCGAGCGGGCCGCCGCGGGCCGGAGCUGGCGCAGGGGAGAAGCGCUGAUCCGAGCCCCGCCGAGUGGAGGGGACCCGCCCUACUGGCCUGGUUACUCUCCUUAAUUGCGAAGGGCCCCGAGGUGUCCAGCGGCAGGGACCGGCCCGCCGGGGAGCCGGACACCCCGAGGCCUCAGCUCAACGCUAACAGUGCCCAGAGUGCAGCUGGAACAGCACACGAGCUCCGGAACACAGCGGAGAGGCUGCAGACUCAGCUGGAGGCUCUGAAAGGCUCCUCAGACCCCGAGACACUGGAAUUCCUGCAGGCACUAGAAGCGCCCGUUAGAAUCGCCAGCCGUGUGCUCACUGAGAACCAGAGGCUACGGCGGGAGUUGGAGGAGUUGAAGGGCAGGUUGGCAGCCCCACCACCCCUGGAACCAGCCAGCCAGCCUCCAGCUCACUGGGCAUCAUCCCCCUGGACCUCCCAGACAUCGCCCCCAUGGGCCACCCGGAGCACAGCCUUGCCCCUGCAGGUCCGUGUGAGCGGGAAGACGGCUGGCUGCGAGAGGCAGUUCUUGGACCAGGUGGCCCAGCUCCUCAUGGCCCAGGGCAUCUCCCUGCAGGCCGGGGCGUACGAGCCACACUCCAGCCACCUGCUGCUGCUCUUCUGCCCGAUCUCGUCCCGCUCAGGCACAGACAUCAGCAACGCCCUGGAGGGGAUCCCCGCGGCGAGGAAGAUGAUCCUGGUGGUGCUGCAUCACCAGCCCAACGAGCAGGCCGAGCUCUACGCCAGCAGCAAGCGGGAGGCCCAGCACCCGGGGCUCCUGCACACCGUGGACAGCUGCUUCUCCACCCGUUCCGGCUUCUACCCGUGCCAGGCCAACGCCGCUGCCGUGGCCUCCGUGUCUGCCGCCCUCCAGCAACUGGCCCUGGCUGGCCACUAGGGGGCAUCCCCUGCAGGAGGCAGCAGGAUCUGUGAGCUGGGACGUGGCAUGUCCGUGGGGCUGCGUUAUGCCCUGGUGACUGUACUGUCCUGACCUGUCCUAGCUGGGACUGCCUGGGGGGCCAGUGCUGUAGCAUGUUGGACUGUUACCUGUGGGAAUGAUCGUCUCUGGGCUGGAGCUGUUCUUACCAACCUCUGGUCCCUCCCCUCCCGUCCCCCAUCACAUUUAGGGCAAUGCUGUGCAGCUGCAUUAGUUCCUGCCACGUUAUACAGCUACCCCCCC